AAAUAAUUUAGCAGCUUUCGUCCAACCUCGUUCUCGGGCGCCGAUACAGCAGCCUUGACAAUUCAAAAAUGCAUCAAAGGCAGGCAUUGGCCUAUCUCGGGCCAAGCUCAUCCUAUUCGCAUCAGGCAGCCCUCGAAUAUUUUAAUCGUCACGAUUACAUCUUUGAAGCCCAGGGUACCAUCCAAGAUAUUUUCACGGGUGUCCAAAGCGGCUCAGCGAGCCUCGGGGUGGUUCCGUUCGAGAACAGCACAAAUGGAUCCGUCGUCUUCAGCCUGGACCUUUUCGCCGAUCGCGAACGGACGUACCGCGACAUUCAUAUAUGCGGUGAAACUUAUUUAAAUGUUCAUCACAACCUGCUCGGAUUUGCAUCUACAGGGGUAUCCUCUGAUGCGUCGCCCGGCGGAUCUGGUGAUGCUACGCCUACGAAUGGUCCGCGGUCCAACGAACGACAAGCGGCACAUGGAAAACCAGUUACUAAGCCAUUGGCUUCUCUGAGCCAUAUUCGAAGACUAUAUUCACACCCACAAGCUUUUGGACAAUGCGAAGCCUUCCUCUCCCGAUAUCUCAAUCGGGUGGAGCGGCAAGAGGUUUCAUCAACAUCCAAGGCAGCUGAAUUGGUGGCGCAGGAUAAGACCAACAGCAGCGCGGCAAUUGCAAGCAAGGUUGCCGCUGAGAUCCAUGGUCUGGAUACACUUGCUCGAGGCAUUGAGGAUCGCGAAGAUAAUACUACGCGCUUUUUAGUCAUCCGGAAGGGUGAAGAAACAGCAGAGCCUGUCGCAGCCGAUGAAGUCGAUUCUCGUGAGCGACGAGCGAACUACAAAACUAUGGUGACAUUUACCAUUGAAGACGGUGUGCCAGGCAGCCUGACAGAUGCAUUGAUGGUCUUUAGAGAACAUGAUCUGAACCUUACGGGGAUAAACUCGCGACCCAGCAGGCUUACUCCCUGGAAUUACGUCUUCUUUUUAGAAUUUGAAGGAAGCAGAUUAUCAGACCCCAGUGGGCGGGUUAAUAGCGCGCUGGAAGCUCUAGGAAAGGUGGCCAAGACAUGGAGGUGGCUAGGAAGUUGGAAAGCAGCAAAGGUGACUUCAGAUUGAUUUAUCAUGUAGUAUAUUAUACCAUAUAUGUUUUGUGAGCC